AUCGUGUUUUCAAGGGUCAACGAUGCAAACCUCAGUAACCGAUAGUGAACACCGAGCUCCGAGCGAAUACAAUUAUCGACAAAACUUUAAUCUGAGCAUUCAAUGGUCCCGUUUAUUAUUAAAACUUAUUGGUCUUUGGCCAAACUCACAUAUGGCACCAAAAUUACAAAAAUACUUUUCCCGGUUCAUAAAUGUCGUAAUCUACAGUCUAACAGCGUUCCGUUCGAUUCCCAUGGCUAUGUACGUAUUUCUUGAAAUAAAAGAUCCUUACAUAAAGUUGAAACAAUGUGGCCCCCUAAUCUUUGGCUUGAUAUCGUUCGCGAAAUACUCUUCUAUGAUGGUCCACGGAGCUGAGUGCGUGGAGCGAAUUAAAUGGGACUGGAAGAACAUUACUUUCAGCGACGAUCACGAUAUCAUGCUGACAAACGCAAAUUUCGGCCGGAAGAUAACAAUUCUAUGCACACUUUUUACGUAUAGUGGCUGUGUAUUCUAUAACGUGGUCAUACCGUUAACCACUGGCAAAAUUACAAAGGAUAAUCUCACCUACAUUCCCCUGGUGUACCCUUUCUCAUCGUAUAUAAUUGACACCCGGUACAGUCCGGCAAACGAGAUUGUCUUUUCUAUUCAAUUACUGAUCGCCUUUGUGGGACACACGACUGGCGUAGCCGCUUGCGGUCUGGCAGCCUCCUUGGCAGCCCACGUUUGCGGCCAGAUUCAAGUCUUGAUAAAUUGGCUUAAUCAUUUGGUCGACGGCCGAUCCGAUAUGGACGACAACGUGGACCGUAGAAUAGCGAGGAUUGUGUCCCAACACGUUCGAAUUCUGAAUUUUUUAACGCUCACAGAACAAACGCUGCAACAAGUGACAUUCGCCGAAGUUUUGGGCCGCAUAUUGGAAUGUCUCGUUGGAUAUUACGUAAUCAUGGAAUUCAUUGAAUUAAAAAGUGUCAUAACUUACGUCAGCUUACUCAUAUCGCUGACGUUUAGCAUUUUCAUAUUUUGCUACAUAGGCGAGAUAGUGACCGAGAACUGCAGGAAAAUCGGUGAGAUGAUCGAAUGGUAUCAAUUGCCACGAAAGAAGAAACUCUGCUGCGUUAUGAUAAUAGCGAUGACCAAUUCUACGGCAUCAUUAACGGCCGGGAAGAUGGUGGAAUUAACUAUCAACACGUUUGCCAAUGUUAUUAAGACUGCGGUCGGUUUUUUGAAUGUGUUACGAGCAACUACAUAAGUUUGUUUCAAAGACAAUGUUAUU